UUGCUUCUUUCUCAGGUGACUGAAAUGUUACCGGUAGUGUUGGUCCAUGGAGGAGCUGGCCAAAUCCCGAAGGAGCGGUCCCAGAUGUCCACAUCGGGGGUGUGCUCGGCAGCACGGUCAGGGUAUCUGGUCCUCCAGGGAGGGGGCAGCAGUAUGGAUGCUGUUGUUGAGGCUGUGACUCAGUUGGAGAACAACCCUUCCUUCAAUGCAGGUUGUGGCUCAGUGUUGAACAUUACCGGGGAGGUGGAGAUGGACGCCAUUGUGAUGGACGGGAAAACACUUGCAAGCGGUGCAGUGUCCGCAGUCCGGAACAUAGCUAAUCCCGUUCAACUGGCAAGACUGGUCAUGGAGAAAACCAGUCACGCGUGUUUGACCGCAGAGGGGGCCAGUAAGUUUGCUCGGUCCAUGGGUGUCCCCGAGGUGCCCCAGGAGUCCCUCAUCACUGACUACUCUAGGAUGCGCUGGAAAAAGAACCUGGUACCUGACGCUAACCCUGUGGAGUGCCAAAUGGGGAAGAUGGGCACAGUUGGCGCAGUGGCAGUCGAUGCUGAGGGUAACGUAGCGUGUGCAACUUCCACUGGUGGAAUGUUGAACAAGAUGGAGGGUCGGGUGGGUGACACCCCGUGCAUAGGCAGCGGAGGCUACGCCGACAAUCUGGUGGGAGCAGUGUCGACUACCGGACACGGAGAAACCAUCAUGAAAGUCACACUGGCCAGACUCAUCUUGUUCCACAUGGAGCAAGGUCAGUCAGCAGAAGCGGCCAGCGACUUGGGCCUGGCCUACAUGAAGUCCAGAGUCGGGGGGAUCGGCGGGGUUGUAACAGUGGACCCCAAAGGCAACUGGGCUCCUCGCUUCUCCAGUCUGCAGAUGGCCUGGGCCGCAGCCCAGAACGACACCCUCCACUACGGCCUGUACACCGGAGAGCACUUCACACAGGCCAUUGAUGACCCUCACUGACAGGAAGUACAGAUUUAAUUCCAAGCUAAAGUUUUGUCUUCAAAUUGAGAAUAUUGAUUGUUGUUAAUUGAGUUGCAAAUCAAAUUACAGAAGUAAUUAUGAUAAGAAAGUACUGUAUUAGUCCCACAAUGUGAAAAUUCACAGUAUUGUCACUCAAUAAUUUCCCUUUGGGAUUAUUAAAGUAUUUCUG